AAAACUUUUCAGUUUUUAACAAAUCGCCUUCGAAGCUACAACCAAACCUUGAGAUGAAACCGCGAAAUUUUAAUUUGGUUUAUGUAGCCACAUUACUUCUAACAAUGAAUAUUAUAUUGGCUGAGUGCGACUAUCACUUCGAAGAUUAUAGUAGUUCCGAAGAAGAUACUUCUUCCGGUUGUCGAACCAUUUGGGGUACAGACGGUACUUGUAAAACUUUACGUGAGUGUCCUCCGGAUCAGUGGUCGGGAUCGCAUCGUGACAUUUGUUUUCGUGGAAGAUAUCAAAAAAUUGUUUGUUGUCAGAAUCAUAAACAUAAACAUCCUGAAUCACAUAGGCCACCGCGAAAUGAUAACACAGAUCGUACUCGGGAAAAAUUGAAUGGAGUUUCCGGCGACGAGAAAAAAAAUAAGGAUAAUAAAGGAAUGCGUAUCAGUGAGCAAAAGUUUGAAGAAUACAUGAACAAGAUAUUUGAUAAUACCACGAGCGAACCGAAUAUACAAGGCCGGACACCAACUAGACCAGGAGAAUAUCCGCAUAUGUCUGCACUCGGUUGGAUUCUCGAAACGGACGAAAUCGACUGGAAAUGUGGCGGAAACUUAAUAAGCGACUUUUUUGUUUUGACUGCAGCACAUUGUGUAUCAGUAAAUGGCAAAACACCAGACUUAGUUAAAAUCGGAGAUUUAAAUUUAGUCGAAAGAGAAGAUACUGUAUUCCCUCAAACGUUCCGAGUGAUAAAGACGUAUAUUCACCCUAUGUAUGACUCUGCUGCGUACUAUAAUGAUAUUGGACUUAUUGAAUUGAAUAGGAAAGCUAUUUUCACAGAGUUUGUCCGACCUGCUUGCCUCUGGAGCAAACCUGAAAUUCCCCACGAUAAUGUUGUAGCCAUGGGGUACGGAUCUACUGAAUUUGGCGGGGUUCAAACAAAGACUUUAACCGAAUUGAAGUUAACAAUUAUGAAUAAUACAGAAUGCAACAGUCGACUACCACCGAUUCCUGCAGCCAAUCUUGGAGUAAUCGAGUCUCAAAUUUGCGCGAUAGAUCCUAGCGGACGCACAGAUACAUGCCAGGGUGAUUCUGGCGGACCACUUCAAAUGAAUGCAAUGAAACAUGGCAGACCUUACUAUUAUUUAAUUGGGAUCACAUCCUAUGGAAUCUUCUGUGGCGGUAAAUAUCCAAGUGUUUACACGAGAAUUCCUUCAUUUGUGGAAUGGAUAGAAAAUAUAGUGUGGCCCUUCUAAAAUUGAAUAAAAUGUGGAAAUAUUUCCCAAUUACAAGUUCAAUAAAAUUAAUUAUUAAAUUUAUGUAAGUUGAAACUGAUAAUGAAAUAAGUAUUGCUAAAAUGUACAAUUGAUAGAAUUUUAGUUUACGAAGUUCAGACAAUGUUAUAUUUUGGAAUAUAAUUUUUAAUAUUCCUUUAGCUUAAGAAAUGUGUAAAUAUACAGAAAUUUGUUCAAAUUAAA